CAAAUCAACAAUUGCAAAUGUCAUGGAGAAUUCAAUAAUAUUGAUAUGAGAUUUGCAAAGGGACUGUUUCGGCAGAUGACGGUUGCUAUGCUCCUGGAAACUAUGAUUCAAAAAUCGGACUGAAUACUCAGUGUGGUGACAAUGAGCUUAUGAAUCGACCCUUGCAUUUCAAGGCGUCUUUGGCUCCAUUUCUUUCCAUCUACGAAGCUGUCUGACGUCUUCGAUCUCUUCGAUAUGACCGCUUUAAACGAAACGAUGCGAGCCGUUGUUUGGCAAGGACAACCAUUCAAUAUUUCUGUCCUCGAUGUGCCAAAGCCAAUCAUUAUGAACCAGACCGAUGCAAUCGUUCGGAUGUCAAGAGCAGCCAUCUGCGGGUCUGAUUUGCACAUUUAUCGAGGCACAAUGGAGGGACAGGUUCUUCCAGUUGGCAGGAGCUGUAUGCCCGGUAGAGUAUCGAUGUAUUCAAAUAUGGCUGUCAAUAGGAUCCUCGUCCCGCUCAGGCAAUUGAGGGUGUCACAACUAGUUUACAUAGAUUAUUUGAUAGGGUGGUUUACUGUGAAUAAAUGACGGGAUCAGAAAUCGCGAUGUUUGAAGUUUGUCCCUUUUUACAUACCUAGUUAUCU